CAUAAACUAAGCCUACACCUCCAGUACUCUCAGCAAGACACACGAUACAAUCAUGGGCAAAAUAGCAAGCAUCGAAUACUUCCGCGUCCCUCCCCGCUGGCUCUUCGUCAAGAUCACUGAUGUAGACGGCAACUUCGGUUGGGGCGAAGCCUCUCUGGAAGGCCAUACCGAAGCCGUCGAAGGCUGUCUUGACGCCUGGGGCAAGCGGUACACCGACUUCGAAGCAGAUGAGAUCGAGCACAUCUGGCAGAUGUCAUGGCGCACAUCCUUCUACCGCGGCGGUCCCGUGUUCAUGAGCGCACUGGCAGGCAUCGACAUCGCACUCUGGGAUCUGAAAGCGCGGAAGCUCAAUGUCCCGAUCUACCAGCUUCUCGGCGGGAAAGUACGAGACAAGCUCAAAGUGUAUGCGUGGAUUGGCGGCGACCGACCAGACGACGUGAAAGCGCAAGCACUAGCGCGUAAGGACCAGGGCUUCACAGCUGUGAAAAUGAACGCCACAGAGGACAUGCACUGGCUCGAUUCCCCGCGGGCUCUAGAUGCCGCCGUCGAGCGGCUCAAAACCGUCAAAGCGCUAGGUAUGGACGCGGGCAUGGAUUUCCACGGGCGCGUGCACCGGCCGAUGGCGAAGCAGCUCGCGCGCGCGUUGGAGCCACACCAGCCCUUAUUCAUCGAGGAGCCUUUGCUGAGCGAACAUAUCGGCGGGAUCAAGCAGCUGAGCGAGCUGACGACGUGUCCGAUUGCGCUGGGUGAGCGACUGCACAGCCGAUGGGAUGUGCGACCAUUUCUGGAGCAGGGCUGUGUGGAUAUCCUGCAGCCGGAUAUCAGUCACGUUGGGGGCAUCAGCGAGAUGAAGCGCAUUGCGAAUAUGGCCGAGACGUAUGAUGUUGCACUUGCGCCGCACUGUCCGCUGGGACCGGUUGCGCUCGCGGCGUGUGUGCAGGUCGAUGCGACGGUGAGCAAUUUUGUGAUUCAGGAGAUGAGUCUGGGCAUCCAUUAUAAUGUGCAGAAUGGCAGUCAAGAUUUGACAAGCUAUACGAAGAACCCGGAGGUGUGGGAUGUGCAGGAUGGGUAUAUCAAAUUGAUGGGUGGCCCGGGGCUGGGGAUUGAGAUCGAUGAAGAGCAGGUUAGGAGGUUGAGUAAGGAUGCGGUGGCGUGGAUCUCGCCUGGGUUUAUUGGGCCGGGAGGUGAGGUUCGAGAGUGGUAG